AUGUACGCUUACCAAUCAACAACACCUGGGCAAAUGUGGGAAACAGAGGGGAAAGACACCAAUGGAGACAUACAUAAAGCAAAGGUCGGUCAAACGAUAGACCCUGGCUAA